UCCUUUUCCCUUUCAUCUAAUUUCUACAAAAUCUGUCGCGUGUGACUGUGUGAGCAUCUCUCUGUCUUCCGACCCACGGCCGCCGUCGCAUCAUCUUUCCAGCGCCUCCUCAGUCACGAUUUCAGCGUCUUUCCGACCUCACCUCUGUAUUCCGUCACUUCUUCUCCGGCCUCCUCAUAUCAGAAAUGGGUUUCGUCGCUCUAUUUCUCCGAGGUCUUGGCUUGGGUCUCCUCUAUAGCUGUACAUCUCUCUGGUUUCUCUCCACAGCUUGUAGUUCAGUGACGUCAAAUCACAGCACUGAGUAUGAAGUAGUAAAGAGGAAACUCAGAUCUCUGAUCUAUUCAACAACAUUCAUAGCUGGGCUGCAUCCAUCCAGCAUUAUCUCAAAUUUGGACACAACCACCAAGAAAUUCAAACCUGCAAUGGCGAACACUGUCUUGGAAGAAUCUUCCUCAACCUCUGGUGCUUCUAAUUCAACUCUAACUUGGAAAUAUGACGUUUUUUUGAGUUUUAGAGGAGAAGAUUCUCGCUUGAAGUUUACUGAUCACUUGUAUCAUGCUCUCACUAGAAGUGGGAUAAGAACUUUUAGAGAUGAUGAAGGACUUGAGAGAGGAGAAGUUAUAUCAGCACAACUCAUUCAAGCAAUUAAGGAUUCUCGCUGCGCAAUUGUGGUUCUCUCUCAAAAUUAUGCAGAUUCCAAAUGGUGUUUGGACGAACUACAACAAAUUCUUGCAAGCAUGAACGAAAUGGGUCGACGAGUUUUUCCAAUCUUCUAUGACGUAGAUCCAUCUGAUGUAAGAAAUCAAAGAAAAAGAUUCGGAGAAGCUCUGGCCAAUCAUGGAAAAAGACACAGAGGAAACAUGGACACAGUGCAGAUUUGGAAAAACUCUUUAUCUGAAAUUGGAAACAUAUCUGGUUGGGACACCAGAAGUCGGCCCGAAGCGCACCUUAUCGAUGAAGUAGUGGGAGCAAUAUGGAAAUAUUUAUGCUCCCAAUUACCAUCUUAUGAUGAUAAUCUGGUUGGCACAAAGCGAAGAAUGGUUGAUCUAAUGUCAUGCUUAGAGAUUGGGUUGGAUGACAUUUACUUUGUUGGGAUAUGGGGUAUGGGUGGUGUCGGCAAAACAACUCUUGCAAGAGUUGUUUAUGAACAAAUCUCUGACAGAUUUGAAAUGUAUUGCUUUCUUGCCAAUGUUAGAGAAACUUUGCAAACAAAAGGCCUAGUCUCUUUGCAGAAAAGACUUCUUUCUUAUCUUGGCAUAAACAAGAAAAUUCAUGAUGAUUAUGAAGGAAUGAAGAUGAUAAGAAAGCUUUUUUGCAAUAAAAAGGUUCUUCUUGUCCUUGAUGAUUUAGAUGAUACUAGUCAAUUAGAGAAGUUGGCUGAAAGUUCAAAUUGGUUUGGUAAAGGAAGCAGAAUAAUUAUCACAACAAGAAAUAAGCAUGUGCUCACUUCAUGUGGAGGGAAAAUAUAUGAGAUGAAAGCCAUGGAGAAAGUUGAGUCUCUUCAACUUUUUUCUAAGAAAGCAUUUAACAAAGAUCAUCCUGAAGAAGGUUAUUUGAAGUUAUCUAAAUCUGUGGUUGCAUAUGCAGCAGGUCUUCCUUUAGCACUUAAAGUUCUAGGGGUUGGAGAAAAGAUGAAGUGGCCCAAGUUUUGA